AUGCCCUGGCACGAAGCGGCGGCAUUCCCGCUGACGCCACUAGUCAUCUUGCUUCAACCCCUUCUCGUGUUUGCACCCGCGUGGAGUGGAAACGGGGGCAGUAGCCUGCACCAUGGAUGCAUUGCACCCUCCCAGGUGGCCCCCGUAUUUGCCAUGGCGUUCCCCCUCAGCCUUGUGUCAAUUUUCCCUCGCAAACUUACAGGCACAACGCAGUCAUCUGUGAAAGAGGCAAGAAAGUGGGUAGUCGCAUCCCUCAUACUUGCCGGUGUCGUCGCUUCAGCCGUGCACUUCUAUACCUCGGUCGGCUCGCUACUCACACGAGAUAUCGACGCAUCGAUCCUGAGGCUGUUCCUUCCGGCGCGAGGCUUUGAAGACUCAUACGAGUCCAUGAUCAAAAAGGAGGUUACAUCUGUCGAGUACACUGCCCCUGGAGAAUCUUCACCUGUUCUCGCAGGGGGAUUGGAUUGUUCUGGAACCUUCAAGUCCUUAAUGAAACGCAUCGCUAGUCUAGAUCGCUGA